GUGCUGUGGCGAUGAUGUGGUUCCUCCUUCUACUCCUCUGCACAGCUCACAAUCAGCCGCUGAUUGUUCAAGGUGAGGAGAGCACCAUUCUGUUACAUGGGAGAAACCCAUGCGAAGGCUACAUCGGGAUCUACCACAAUAGCACAUUGGGCUACGUUGGGGGGACAAACUGGAACGAUAAUAACGAUAAAGUGGUGUGCAAGAGCAUUAACUGUGGGGUCCCCAAAGAGAGGUCGUCGAUGCCCACGCCAGGGCCCAUCGAAAAGGUCUGGAUCGACGAGGUGAACUGCAAAGGAGACGAGAGUAAUCUGUGGGAAUGUUCAUUUCCUGGCUGGGCCGUCAUUCCCCCCCCAAUGGGUUCUCUGCAAAAGAUUACAUGUUCACAUAAAAUCAGUAUAAGCCUGGAUGGAUUUAGGUGUGCGGGAGCUGUCCAGUACUCCAAAGAUGGAGGGGACACGUAUUCGGGUUACUUUUGUGAUACCAACUGGGACAAGACUGCUGACCUUUUGUGCAAAACCCUCAACUGCGGCACGUCCAAGAAGAUUGUUCAGCAGCCAUGGAUGGGUUGGAAGGGAUUUAAAGAAAAGAGUGAAAGGAUGAAGAUCAAUUGUUUGGGUAAUGCCACUCAUCUGUGGCAGUGUGCCCAACCGCUGGAAAAAACUCCUUGCACCAACCCUGCUUCUGUCAUAUGCACAGAUCACGAGAGAGUGCAACUCAAACCAGACGCAUCAAAUGUAUGUUCCGGAAAGUUGCUAAAAGAGGAAAAAGACGUCUGGAACCCUGUCCAAAACAACAAAACCGAUCCUAAUGACUGGUGCAAGCAAAUGCACUGUGGCAGCAGCGUCAGUCACAGUCAGGAUGACAACGGCUCACAUCUGACAUGUUCAGACGAUAUUAAAGUGGUUCUGAUGGUGAAUAAUAAACACACCAGGUGCUAUGGUUCAGUUUAUGUUGAAGUGAAUGGCACAAGUCAACCGGUGUGCGCCUCCAACUGGAACGACGAGGCUGCUAAAGUGGUUUGCUCGGAGCUAAAGUGUGGGAGAGUGUUUCGUACAAGUAAGAAGUCUAACACACGGGGGAUAAUGGACCACGUGUCGUGCUCAGGCAACGAAGCCUCACUGUGGCACUGUAGAGCCAAACGUGACAACAACAACCCUCUUUCAUGUACUUCCACCGCCUACGUAGUCUGUUCAGAUAGCAUCGGAGUGAGAUUAAGAGACGGUCCUGGAAGAUGUGCCGGGAGACUGGAGAUCCAGCAUGAGGACACAUGGCAAAGGGUUUUCAAAGGAUUGUCCAACAGCGACUCAGGUUUUGUCUGCAGACAAUUGGACUGCGGUAAAAAAGGAAAAUCCGAUGAUGAAAAAUUCAGCCAGGGUUCAGGUAGAUUUCUGGCUUAUGCUGUACAAUGCAAGAACAAAGCCAAAGACAUAUCUGAUUGUCUCAGAGAAAUCAACAAACUCAUGGGGAAGGGGAAGGCAAUGGAAAUAACCUGUGAGGAGCACAAGAUGGUUUUUCUGAAGGAGUCCUGUUCCGGCAUGGUGGGGAUAGAGCAAGGCGACAAAAUCUACUGGCUCUCCGGCUCUAACACGACAUGGAACCAAGAGUCUGCAAACACCGUGUGUCAGCAGAUGCACUGUGGGAAUGCCUCAGUCGUUACCUCAAUCUCUAGCGAUAAUUUGGCGAUAUCCAUUUGGAAAGAAUCUUACAGCUGCUCAUCCAACAACGAAUCUCUGUUUAACUGUAAAAAAAUCGAAACACUGCCAUCUGACCAUGCAGACACUAUUGCCACCGUGACAUGCUCAGGAAAAAUUACAGUGGCGCUGGACAAAGAGUGUUGGGGCAAUGUCAGAGUUUGUUUGAACAACACGUGCGGAGGGGUGUGUGCCGACACCUGGACAGUUGAAAAGUCGGAGAUGCUGUGUAAAAAUCUGUACUGCGGUAAAGCCCUGAUUGCCACCGCCCAGCCUAAACAAAGCCAGGUCAUUUUCAAAAGUGUGCACUCCACGAAUGUGACGACCAACCUGACCCAGUGCAACUUCGUCAGAAAUGAUGACAAUGUCAAGACGUGUGUCCCAGCCUAUGUUGUCUGCUCAGGUAGCGUCAAACCCAGAUUUAAUGAUCCAAGAGAUAAAUGUUCUGGAAAUGUGGAGGUGCACUAUGAAGACAAGUGGCUCCCAGUUUGCGCCGGUGCUCUCAAAGACAAUAACAUAAACACAAUCUGUGAGGAGCUGAAAUGUGGUAAAGCCGGCAAACCGAUCGCCUACUUCGGACCUGAGGCAGCACGGCCUUAUUCCAUUACAGAAAUCCAAUGUUAUGCAAACAAGUUAUUCGGGGCAUGUACUAUCAAGCCUGAGAAGACCUCCUGCGAUCGAGGUGCCCUCCAAUGCUCCGAAUGGAGAAAGAUGGCGCUGGCUACAGAGAAGGCCUGUAGCGGAGCUGCGAUGGUUCACUCGGAGGGGAAAAAAAGUGCCAUUGUCUUUGAGGGCUGGACAGAAACUAUGGGGGAGAAACUUUGCAAGGAUUUGGAAUGUGGCCCAUUGAAGAACAACACAAAAAUAAAUUUUUGGUCUUUUUUGAACACAAGCUUCAGCUGUGCAGAUGUAGAGGAUCCAAACAAAACCAUCUGGGACUGUGAAAAGAAAGUCUCUCCCUUCGGUGAAAGUCAAUCAAAGCCGCAACUCUUGAUUGAAUGUCAAGGUGAACCCGAGGUCACCCUUUCAAAGACAUGGUACAGUAACGUGAUGAUAAAUGGCACAGAGGUGUGCGACAGUAACUGGAAGGAGAACGACUCACAUAUGGUUUGCCGACAGAAUAAUAGGAGCAAAGCCAUUACCAACACCUCCCAUAAUGAAAAUCCUAUCCAAGGUAAAGACUACUACCAUGUCAGUUGUGAGGACAACCAUUAUGCACUUGGCCAGUGCAAGAGAGCCCUGGGACAGUGUACAGGGAAGUUGGUGUCCGUUUACUGUGUUGGCAAUGCCCAGUUCAACACCACAGAAAAAUGUGGAGGUCAGAUUCAAGUCAAAUAUCGAGAGAAAUGGGAAAAAGUGUGUCCCCUGACAUCAUUUAGCAAGACACAUUCUAAAAUGCUGUGUGAGCAGCUUAGCUGUCAUGGCUACAAACAGAUGCAAAGCAAAUACAACGACAUGGUCGACUUGGAAACAUCACUGAGUUGCACCGCUGAUAACCAGGACAUCAAGCACUGCCUCAGCCAACAGUCUUGUAAGGGAGAAAGACCUGCUGAGAUCUACUGUGACGAAUAUGUGGCCCAACCAACCAAGCAACCCGAUCCGCUCACGACCCCCAUAUGGCCUACAAUGCUGGUGGUAGGAUUCGCUCUGGUUCUGGUGAUAUUGAUUGUCGUGUUCAUUCAAAUCUACAAGAAAAGCUCGAACGACUUGCCUGGAAUGUUGUCAAGAAAAGAAGUGGAGAUUGAAAGUGGCAGCUAUGACGACGUGAUGAGCAAAUCAAAUGAAAUGGAGGAACUGAAUCAUGGCAGAUUGAGAUCCGAGUCUGAAGUCGUGAUGGAGACCGACGCGCCGAGCACUUCCUCAUUUCCUUACGAUGACAUCGACAACCCGGCUGCGGCUCAGCCGCUGAUCUCUCAGGCCGCCACUGCCGGCGCCUCAGGAGGCGACUGCAUCCAAAAUGGGGCGAUUUACGAGGUGGACGACCAGCAGGAGAAUCACGAGGACAUCGAGGCCAGCCCUGAAAUCACUCGGACUGAAGCUCAAGUCCACGACAGCACCCAAACCACACCUGAGAGCGAUGCAGCGGCACCUCUAGGAUCAGUGCAGGGGGAUUAGGACUACCUGGUGCCAAGACGGGUGAGCCAAAACUGAGUUUGGCUAAGCAAAGCGGAUCUCCCCAAAAACCUAGCUCCCAUAAACUAUGGGAGCUAAACUCUGACACAAACAUACUAAAAAAAAGUCAAAAUUACAGAUGGGUAAGCAAUAUUACAGUACCCGGUCUUUGUAUGCUACAGAAAUUUGCUGAAGGGGUUAAAAUAAACUUAAAAUUUUAUGAAUAGAAGAAAAAAAAGCAUCUCUAGAUGAAACAGAGUGAAUCAUCCAUACUCUGAAAUACUGAUAAUUUCGGAUAAGACAAUAUUGUAUAGAUUAUGAAUAGAAAAAGAGUCUUAGAAAUGUCUUGUAUACACAGAAAACACGAUCUGAUUGAAGUGUGUUUUAGCUCAUCAUUUUGCGUAUUAUCAGUCAUCACAAACAAAGUGUUAGCCGGUGAGGAAAAAUGCCAUCCCUCUUCAAAUGUAGUAGAUGAAAGUGAUGCGAACUUAGAGCCAUAAGCAUAGUUGCAAUAACAGCUUUCUGAUUUUCUACUGCCUGUUGUUGAUUUUAUGUUUUUUUUUAAUUAAAUGUGCUCAUGAUGGUUUAGAAUCAUGUAGGAUUUUAUGAUUUGUUUGUUAAAUCUGAUGCAGUAGUUUCUGUUGUACAAAGCUUCGAUGAUUUAAACAAUAUUUUAUGAGAAAAUGUGAUUGCUAUAAAAACAUAUAUGUGAACAAUAGUAGGUGAAAAAAUUGUCAAACGUGUAUAAAAUGGUAUAACACAGCUGAUAGUGUAAACCCAUAUUAUCACAUGGUUACAUUGUAUAUUUCUGUGUAAGUUCAUAGUUGUAAGUUGUAAGAAUGUAUAACAUUGAGAUUUUACAGUCACAUUCAUCUUUAAAAAAAAAAAAAAGAAUAGUUGCUGAGAGUUCGAUGACGAUGUCUGUACGGUGAAUACGAAGCAAUGCUCACUGAGUCAGUCUGAAAGGAAAAACAAUAAACAAAAGGCACAUCGGUAAUAAGAUUCAUCUUAAUAAUUAAAAUAGCGGCAUUUAUAAGUUAACAAUAAAUAGAUACAACAUAAAUAAAUUUGAAUCAGAUUUUACUUUUCAAAGCAAAGAUUUGACUAUUUGUACCGUUUUAUUUUUUAAUAUAAACUGAAAAAUCUAAUUUCAGUGAUAAAUUCCACCACAGUAACAUUGUCAAAUGCGUUUAAGUACUAUUUGACAAUAUAUUGUCUUGCUAUAGAAUAAAGAGAGCUAGCCGUUUCCCCCUGAUUCCAGUCUUUGUGCUAAGCUAAGCUAACCAUCUCCUGGCUCUAUAGCUUCAGAUUUACCUUACAGACGUGAUAGUGGUAACGCUCGGCAAGAAAGCAAAUAUACAUACUUCCAAAAUUGUCAAAGUGUUUUUAUAAAACGUGAAUAUAACGUUCAGUUAGCUGUGAAUGUCGUCUUUUAUUGUGACUUCAACAACAAUGUGUGUGUUGUCAAAUUGGCGAAUUACUUUUAACUGUUGUAAAAUGAUCUCUUUCCCUGUGUCGUAUUCAUUGCAUUGUUUUUGAUUCUUGUAAAAUUGCCAUUUAUCUUGCCACUUCAUGUUACACAGUUCACAAUUCAGUCAGUGCAUCAUGGCAUCGGCUGUGAAGCAGUCAGUGUAUCUUGUGGCAAUGCUCCAUUGUAUUAGCCUCGUGUCAACAGCAGCUUUGUGCAGCACAACAUUAAAUUCUUU